AUGUCGAAUUAUACGCAGUUAACGGCACAAGAUCAUGAUCAUCAACACCCUGUGGCCACAGUGUUGUGUUGCAACUGUGGUACCCAACUUGAUGGUACCUUGGGUUUGGUGAUGUGCUACGAUUGUAUUAAGUUAACUGUUGAUAUUUCUGAAGGGAUUCCACGAGAAGCCAACCUUUCAUUUUGUCGUAACUGUGAGCGUUUCUUACAACCUCCAUCACAGUGGAUUAAGGCUGAGUUAGAAUCUAGAGAAUUAUUGGCCUUGUGUUUAAGGAAAUUGAAGGGUUUAAAUAAAGUCAGAUUAGUGGAUGCCUCAUUUAUUUGGACAGAACCACAUUCCCGUCGUAUUAGGGUUAAAUUGACCAUUCAAGGUGAAGCUAUGGCCAAUGCAAUUGUGCAACAAACAUUUGAAGUGGAAUAUGUUGUUGUAGCCAUGCAAUGUCCUGAUUGUGCUAAAUCCUAUACUACAAAUACCUGGAGAGCUACUGUGCAAAUUAGACAAAAGGUUCAUCACAAAAGAACAUUUUUAUAUUUAGAACAGUUGAUUUUGAAACACAAUGCUCAUGUUGACACUGUUUCUAUUCAAGAAUCUAAGGAUGGGUUGGACUUUUAUUAUUCUCAAAGAAACCAUGCUACUAAAAUGUUGGACUUUAUUAGUGCUGUUGCUCCUGUAAAGUCAAAGAAAUCUGAAGAAUUGGUGAGUAUCGAUACUCAAUCUGGAUCUUCAUCUUAUAAGUUUUCGUUCUCCGUUGAAAUAGUUCCUAUUUGUAGGGAUGAUUUGGUAGUUUUACCCAAGAAAUUAGCUAAUUCCAUGGGUAACAUUUCUCGUUUGGUGUUAUGUUCUAAAGUUAACAACAUGCUUCAAUUUAUUGAUCCUAACACUUUACAAAUAGCUGAUUUACUGCCUUCGGUAUAUUGGCGUGCACCAUUCCCUUCAUUAUUGGAUGCCACUCAAAUGAUUGAGUUUAUUGUGUUGGAUGUUGAACCCACCGGUCAGAGAAAGGGGAAAUAUGUGUUAGCAGAUGUUACUGUUACUCGUGCUAGUGAUUUAGGAGUCAAUGACAAUACUUAUUAUGUUAGAUCUCAUUUGGGAGGGUUCUUACAUCCUGGAGAUUCCGUCAUGGGUUACUAUCUCACAAAUACCAACUUCAACUCUGACUUAUGGGAAAGUCUUGAUGUUGAUAACACUCCAGAGGUUGUAUUGGUGAAGAGACAUUACGCCAGAAAGAACAAUAAGAACAAGUACAGAAAGUGGAAGUUGAAGAGAAUGGCCAAGGAACACAGCGAUAUUGUCGCCAACGACGACUCCAGACAAGCAAGACAAGAACAAGAACGUGCAGAAAGAGAUUACGAAUUGUUCUUGCAAGAAUUAGAAGAAGAUCCAGAGUUGAGACAGACCAUUAACUUGUAUAAGGCUGACAAUGAAGCGGUUUCACGUAACCCCGAUGGAAUGGAAGAAGAAGAAGAAGACGAAGAUGCUCCAGAGAUUGGUCUUGAUGAGUUAUUGGAUGAAUUGGACGAUAUGAACUUGGAAGACCAACCCAUGGCUGAAGAGUAG